AUGUCCCGGAAAUCCAACAUGGGACCAUUAAUCUGUCAUGCUCUUGUAUAUCUAACCAUCAUCCUCUAUCACACUCGACGGCACGUUCGAAUCUACAGCUCAAAGUUCUCCAUACAAAAAGCAUGUCUCUUCAUACACAUCGGCACCGGGAUCAUGGAAUCCUCUCGAUACCACAUCUCCAAAGCCCGACUUGGCAAUGACGAUAUCAUUCCUACCGCGUUAGACGUGCUGUCUUGCUUGAUUUGGACAUGGAGCAGCGUGGUUCUGGUGAAAACGCUUCGUCGCGGCGAUCCACUCACAACUCGCCCACCUUACCAAACUGGUGCAUUUGUGCGUCCACUCAUCUGCAUCGCAUCAUACCUAUUCGAACUACCCAUUCUACACAGAGUGUCUAUAUCAGCGCUUGACAGCUUCGUCUAUGCCCGACUGGCGAUAUUUUUCUUCAUCUACACGCCCUAUCUACGUGGGCACUCAUACAGUACGAUUUAUUCGAUCUCUAUUCCCCUGGCUGCUGUUUUCAGUAUUCAUCAGAGUGGCGUUCGUGGUGCAUCAUUGGCGUUUGUUCUUCUAACGGCCUAUGUUGCGAAAUUGAAUGAGUGGGUGACUCAUAGAUCAAGGAUCUUGCAGGGAACUCAAGCCCGGUCUUAUAUCGAUAUUGUUGAAAGAUAUAUCCUCACUGGAUUACUCUGUCUUGGGUUCGCCGAGUUGGACCUCCUGCGAGAAGUUUCCAAGAGCGAGGCGCUCACCAAGCCUAUUGAUGAUGACUAUGUGUCAAAAACGGAACAAAAUAGCCAAUCCUGA